AUGACUCGCGCACAGCAAACGAUCUCCUUGGGUCUCUUGGUCGCUUCUCUAUACACGGUCGCAUUGCUCGGACUCAUUCCCCUACCACAUCUCAUUCAGUCGGAGAUAAUACCAUACCUGCCUGUCUGGGCCCUGGUCUCCUUCGGCGCAUACCUCUUGUUCAAGCUAGGAUUUGGCGUCCUUACGUUCAACGAUGUUCCGGAAGCACAUGAAGAGCUGAUGCGGGAGAUUGACGAGGCACGGGCAGAUCUCAAGAAGAAGGGAGUGAGUGUCGAUUGA